AAUCUCGCGGGACUACCAGCACUCGGCCUCUUUGGCUCUGGGGCGGCACCAUGGCGGUUGGGAAAAACAAGCGGCUUACUAAGGGGGGCAAGAAAGGCGCCAAGAAGAAAGUGGUUGAUCCCUUCUCAAAGAAGGAUUGGUACGAUGUCAAGGCACCAGCAAUGUUUAAUAUCCGAAACAUUGGGAAGACACUCGUCACCAGGACGCAAGGAACCAAAAUUGCCUCUGAUGGACUUAAGGGGCGUGUAUUUGAAGUGAGUCUUGCUGAUCUGCAGAAUGAUGAAGUUGCCUUCCGUAAAUUCAAGCUGAUUACUGAAGAUGUCCAGGGCAAAAACUGUCUGACCAACUUCCAUGGAAUGGACUUAACACGUGACAAAAUGUGCUCCAUGGUCAAGAAGUGGCAGACAAUGAUUGAAGCCCAUGUUGACGUCAAAACUACUGACGGCUAUCUACUGCGCCUUUUCUGUGUUGGUUUUACCAAGAAGCGUAACAACCAGAUCCGUAAAACCUCAUAUGCCCAGCACCAGCAGGUCCGCCAAAUCCGCAAGAAGAUGAUGGAAAUUAUGACUCGAGAGGUGCAAACUAAUGACCUGAAAGAAGUUGUCAACAAGCUGAUCCCAGACAGCAUUGGCAAAGAUAUAGAAAAGGCUUGUCAGUCCAUUUACCCUCUUCAUGAUGUGUAUGUCCGCAAAGUCAAGAUGCUGAAGAAGCCCAAGUUUGAGUUGGGCAAGCUGAUGGAACUGCACGGUGAAGGCGGUGGUGCUGGAAAGCCUUCUGGGGAUGAGGCAGGCACCAAAGUAGAGCGAGCCGACGGAUAUGAGCCCCCUGUGCAAGAGUCUGUCUAAAAAUCAAAGUUGGAUACAAAAAAUAAAAAUUAAUGUACAGAAGUAGUGCAUCUGUGUAUGGUAAUACUAGAAACUGCUUAUACAGGCUGUGGGGUAUUUUUCAUCAUCAGUAGUGGUAUUUUUGUCAUGGUAAUGACUGAAUGUGACCUGUGCUUCAUAAUUGUAGCUUUCUUGGUAGAAGUGGGCUGGUCUGGAGCAGACAACUGCUUGAUAUACUUCUGAAAUUCGUCCCUGUCUUAACUGGGCCCAAGACUUAACACAUGUAUGCUUCAACUUACUAUUUGUAACUGUUCACUUGAUAGCAGCCUUUUCCCCAAGGCAAUUUUGGUGUCUGCCUAUAGAUGAAAUGAGGUUUUAAUGCCAGUUAUUUUAUUGUGGAAGCAAAGUUUUGUCCACAAGAUUAUCUAAGGGGUCUGCGAAAAAUGACUAGUAUAGUUCAAAGGAAUGUGAAUACCCACACUAACAGUUCAAAGGGAUCUGCAAAUGAAAAAAGGAUGAAAACCACUGCCUUAAAGAUUUAACAAAAAUAGCCAACUUGUUCAAACUCCAGAAAUAAUCAGCUUUUCAUUUUUCUGCUCCUGUUUGGCACCUCUAAUGGGAGGUAUGUGUAACACUCAAGUCAUUCAGAGCUUGGAACAAUGCUAAUUAGAUUCUUGGGGGACAAAAGAAUGAGAGGGGUACAGCACUGCUUGGUAAUAACUUCCUUCUGUCUAGAAGAAGAGAGUCCAAACAUCUUAAUGCUGUUGAAGUUAAGCAUGUAUGCUGUUCUAUAAUAUAACCAGAUCAGCUUCCACAAAUAAGCUGGACCGAAAUUA